AUGCCAGCAAUUAUCAUGUGGAGCUUGUGGGAGAGGAGGAAUGCUAUCAAACAUGGUGGUGGCAUCAGUUGGGAUGGGAUGGUGGACAUGACAAUGGAAUUGGUAAGGCAGGUAGUGAAGACUCAGUUUCCAUGGAUCAGAAAGAUGAGAUGGACAUGGCAAGAGGUGCUACACAAACUCAAUCAAUACAAGCCAAAGAUACAUGUUUUAAGUGUCACGUGGAAACCUCCUGAAAAAUACCAAGUAAAAUGUAACACUGAUGGAGCAUGUAAAGGUAACCCUGGCUGGAGUUCUAUUGGUUUUUGUAUAAGAGAUACAAGAGGGGACCAAAUUUAUGCUAAAGCAACAGGCAUUGGCAUUGCAUCUAACAGUGAAGCAGAAACUACGGCCAUCCUAUGUGCUUUUAGAGAGUGUAUGAGCAGAAGACUUCAGAGUGUAGUUAUUGAGACUGACUUACUCAGUCUCAAGAAGAUUAUCCAGAAAUCUUGGAGGGUACCAUGGGAUUUAGCAGAGAAAGUGGAAGAGAUAAGAUGGGGAAUGAAGCUUGAUACUUCACAAACUGCUAAUGAAGUGAGAGAAAGUUCCAAAACCUCUAGAGCAGUAGAACUGGAUGAGUUUUACAGUGAGAAGGUGAAGGAAGUUGGUGAAGAAUAG